AUGUUGAAGUUUAACCGAAGGAGACUGUUCCCAUUCUCAGACUAUAAAGGAAGGGAAAGAGCUGCAACAAAUAUUGUUCCCCCAGAAACCAAUGCGGGAGAGGAGAAAGAAAUAAUGCGCUCACAGAUGAAGAGUGGGGUUUCUGCUACUGCUCCAUGGGCCUCUCAGUCUGUGCUACCUGUGGGAACUGAGGGGAACUACCAUUAUUAUGUGGAUGAGGAGGAGGAAGAGGAAGAAGAAGAGGAAGAUGAAAGGCAGCAGCAAAAUCCCUCUCAGGAGGGAAGCAAGUUCUCAACACCCUUUCCCAACCCCCCUGCCUUCUCCUCCAGAACAGCAGCGUCUGCUUCUUCUGUGCUGAACAUAAAUGUAGGUGGCAAAAGUUACCGCCUCACCUACCAGGCAGUGGCCAUCUACCCCAAGACCCGUCUGGGCCGCUUGGCCACUUCCACCGAUCGCCGUCGCCAGCUGGGUCUGUGCGAUGACUACGCAGUUCAGGGGGAUGAGUACUUCUUUGAUCGGGACCCCGCUAUCUUCCAGCUGGUCUACAACUUCUACGCCUCUGGGGUGCUGCAGGUGCGAGAUGAGCAGUGCCCACUCAGCUUCCUGGAGGAGCUGAGCUACUGGGGGGUGCGGCUCAAAUACACGCCGCGCUGCUGCCGCAUCUGCUUCGAGGAGAGGCGUGACGAGCUGAGCGAGCAGCUGAAGGUGCAGCGGGAACUGCGUGCCCAAGCGGAGUCCCAGGAGAGCGAGCAGCUCUUCCACCACAUGCGCUACUAUGGCCCCCAGCGCUGGCGCCUCUGGAACCUAAUGGAGAAGCCCUUCUCCUCUGUCAGUGCCAAGGCUAUGGGGGUGGCCUCCAGCCUUUUUGUACUCGUCUCUGUGGUGGCACUGGCUCUCAACACCGUGGAGGAGAUGCAGCAGGUGGACAAGAAAAGCGGAGAGAGUCGCCCUAUGCUGGAGCACGUCGAGACGCUGUGCAUCGCCUUCUUCACCCUGGAGUAUCUGCUGCGGCUGGUCUCCACCCCAGACCUGCGCCGCUUCGCGAGCAGCCCCCUCAAUGCCGUGGAUCUCAUUGCCAUCCUCCCGCUUUACCUCCAGCUGCUGCUGGAGUGCUUUGCCGACGAUGACCAGCCUCGGGGCCGGGGCUCUCAGCACGAGCAUGACAUUGAGAAGGUGGGACGGGUGAGCAAAGUAGGGCAAGUGCUGCGCAUCAUGCGCCUGAUGCGGAUCUUCCGCAUCCUCAAGCUGGCCCGGCACUCCACAGGCCUGCGCGCCUUCGGCUUUACCCUGCGCCAGUGCUACCAACAGGUGGGCUGCCUCUUGCUCUUCAUUGCCAUGGGCAUCUUCGCCUUCUCCGCCAUGGUCUACUCUGUGGAGCACGACGUCUCCAGCACCAACUUCACCAGCAUCCCCCAUGCGUGGUGGUGGGCUGCUGUCAGCAUCUCUACAGUGGGCUAUGGUGACAUGUGUCCAGAAACUCACCUCGGGUGCCUGUUUGCUUUCCUCUGCAUUGCUUUUGGAAUAAUUCUGAAUGGAAUGCCCAUCUCCAUCCUCUAUAAUAAAUUCUCAGACUAUUACAGCAAACUGAAAGCCUAUGAGUAUACAGCUGUAAGGAAGGAAAGAGGCAAGAUUGACUUUACACGAAGAGCCAGGAAGAAAAUGUCCGAGUGCUGUGGAGAAGGCCCAUUAUUUACCAAGGCCUAG